CAGCCAAACCAUAUCAGGGAUUAAUACCUGAUUUCUUUAAUAUGAAAUUGAAUAUUCAUAUAUAUUUUAUGUAUAAGCUAACUGUUCUUAUGUCCUUUAUUACAGCCUUUCAUUAUAUUUAUUUUCUAAAUUAUAUUUAGUAACAUGUUUAUCGAUAUAAAACAGUAGAGAUAUGGGAAGUUACUUCAACUAAUCCAGGACUCUGUAGAGAAAAUAAAGUUAGAAGUAAGACAGCCCCAUAUUUUUAGCACAGUAAGCAAUUGUAUGAGCUCAUGAUGAUUGAGGAAAGUGGGAACAAGCGGAAGACUAUGGCAGAGAAGAGGCAGCUGUUCAUAGAAAUGCGUGCUCAGAAUUUUGAUGUCAUACGACUAUCAACUUACAGAACAGCCUGCAAAUUACGAUUUGUACAAAAACGAUGCAACCUUCAUCUUGUUGAUAUCUGGAACAUGAUUGAAGCCUUCCGAGACAAUGGCCUUAAUACACUGGACCAUACCACCGAGAUCAGUGUGUCCCGCCUUGAAACUGUCAUCUCCUCCAUCUACUAUCAGUUGAACAAGCGCCUUCCUUCUACUCACCAAAUUAGUGUGGAACAAUCUAUCAGCCUCCUCCUCAACUUUAUGAUUGCUGCAUAUGACAGUGAGGGCCGAGGCAAGUUGACGGUAUUUUCAGUUAAAGCUAUGUUAGCAACCAUGUGUGGUGGAAAAAUGCUGGACAAAUUGAGAUAUGUUUUCUCCCAGAUGUCAGAUUCCAAUGGCUUAAUGAUAUUUAGCAAGUUUGACCAGUUUCUGAAGGAAGUUCUGAAGCUCCCAACAGCUGUCUUUGAAGGGCCAUCUUUUGGUUACACAGAGCACUCAGUCCGCACCUGUUUUCCACAGCAGAGAAAGAUAAUGCUAAAUAUGUUUUUAGACACGAUGAUGGCUGACCCUCCUCCCCAGUGCCUUGUCUGGCUACCUCUCAUGCACAGGCUUGCCCAUGUUGAGAAUGUCUUCCAUCCUGUGGAGUGCUCCUACUGCCGGUGUGAGAGUAUGAUGGGUUUCCGGUACCGAUGCCAGCAGUGCCACAACUAUCAGCUCUGCCAGAAUUGCUUUUGGCGUGGCCAUGCCGGUGGCCCUCACAGCAAUCAACACCAGAUGAAGGAGCAUUCCUCUUGGAAAUCUCCUGCAAAGAAGCUGAGCCAUGCAAUUAGUAAAUCUUUGGGGUGUGUACCCACGAGAGAACCCCCGCAUCCUGUUUUUCCUGAGCAACCAGAGAAACCACUUGACCUUGCACAUAUAGUUCCUCCUCGCCCUCUGACUAAUAUGAAUGACACCGUGGUUAGCCACAUGUCCUCUGGAGUGCCCACUCCCACCAAGAGGUUACAGUAUAGCCAGGAUAUACCCUGUCACUUGGCCGAUGAGCAUGCGCUGAUAGCCUCCUAUGUGGCCCGUCUGCAGCACUGUGCACGUGUUCUGGACAGUCCUAGCCGACUGGAUGAGGAACACCGUCUUAUAGCUCGAUAUGCUGCCCGGCUGGCUGCAGAAGCAGGAAACGUGACUCGUCCUCCCACUGACUUGAGCUUUAACUUUGAUGCCAACAAACAACAAAGACAGCUUAUUGCAGAACUGGAAAACAAAAACAGAGAGAUCCUGCAGGAGAUUCAGCGUCUCCGCCUGGAACAUGAGCAGGCCUCCCAGCCCACCCCUGAGAAGGCACAGCAGAACCCCACGCUGCUGGCAGAGCUGCGGCUGCUGAGGCAAAGGAAGGAUGAACUGGAGCAGAGGAUGUCGGCCCUGCAAGAGAGCAGGCGGGAACUGAUGGUCCAGCUAGAAGAGUUGAUGAAGUUGCUGAAGGAGGAAGAGCAAAAGCAGGCACACAUCAUCUCUGAAGAGGGUUUUACGUGUAAAACUCCCAGUGGGUCUCCCCAUGGUGUUGUAAAAUGGUCUAAAAGUUCAAAGCAUGUUUACCCGGUAGAGCAUGUUCUUACUUAAAACCAGAGCUUAUUCCAGGAACAUGAAGCUAAUGAGUGAAGCAGCUAGUCAGGAACAAAAUGCCUUUAAACCAUUGCCCCUCCGACAUGGCAAGCGGCGUGUCUGAAGCCCCAUACCUGUGUCUCUCGGGACCUGAUCAAUUUUGAAUACCUGAUAUAAUUCAGACUUCCUGGAGUUAUUUUUGUUCUAAUUUCCCCUCUUUUCAUCAAGAUCUUUCUAGGAAAGCAUCAUAGAUGAACAAAAAUGGUUUUGGUUCCUUUUAUGUUCAGGAACUUAGUCUUGUGUAGCCAGAAGGCUCAUUCCCGGAUGGUCCUGUCUUGCAUGGUGGGGAUGGGAGAUGGGUGUUUGUAUUUCACUCCCCCAAAACUCCCUGAGUACCAAACAAGAGUCUGAGGAUACAAGGGAAAAGUAGCUUUGGGGUGUAUGCCAAAGCCCCCCAAUAUUUUUAAUCACUCUCAUCAAUGUCAGGCUGAGAGAUUUCCUUACCUACUUCUUAAAUUUCCCUCCUGUACUAUAUUUCUGUCUUUUCCUCUCCUGACCAGAAUGCACACAGCAUAUGAAAACCAUCCUUCAGGGCCUCCAAGAAAAUUAUCUCCUCAGCCAACUGGAGGAAUUCUUCCACUGGAAGAAUAUUGAAUUCCUAGGACACACUGCCUCCCCCAGAAUACUACAGACUGAAUCUCAACAAAGCAUUAACAGAAAAGGAUGAAGAAAAAUGACUUGUAGGCUUGGAGCCUAAGAAGAAUCUGGGGAAAUGAUGGGUGUCAUUUACUGAACAAGUGAAAAUAGAGACAUGAUCUGGGUUAGGAGGGGAUUUCGAUCUGAUUUUGAACAUACUAUUAUGUCCUAUAGCCAGGCAGUCAAGCAGAAAGAUCUGCUAGGUAUUGGACAUGUGCGACUGAAAUUUCAAUGGGAAAACAGGGCUAGCAAUGUAGACCUGGAACCCUUCAACACAAAAUGAGGAUUGAAACCAUAAACAUGAGCCUUAGGGAAAACGCAUAGUAGACAAAAAGAAGAAAGAGGAGGCAGGAGAAGGACCGUCAGGUCUUUUGGAAGCCCAGAUAAUUGCAAGAAGGAGGAAUUUAGUAAGACAGUAAGACAAGAAAGCCCGUGAAUCUGACAAUAAGGAAGUUACCAGCAACUUGGGAAAGAAAAUGUUCAGUAGAGUAGUAAAAUGCACCCAGCUCUCAAAAGUGGGCUUUGUCCUGUCUGAACCCCUCAACACCACCUCCUGUCAAAUAAUGUCACCCCACUGAACGGAGAUGUAAAUCUUAAAUCUGUGAAUUACACGUGAAUGGACUGCCCUUCCCACUAAUCGAGUCUUGUUGGCUAAAUCCCAUUUCUUUUUCAUCUAAACAAGCACGUAACCUUUACAAACCUCAUUUUCCUCGUCAGUAAACUUUCAGCUCCACAAUUCUUGGAUCCUUUCAUCAUUGUACCAAUUGGUAUUCUGGAGAAAGGCUAUAAACCUAAAAGAGUCUCCAGAGAUCUUUUUGGGUCCUGGCCUAUAGAGGAAUGAAUGAAUGAAUGAAUGAAUGAAUGAAUGAAUGAAUGAAUGAAUGAAAUCCAGUUGGGUUUAUUUCACUGAAUUCUCCUUUCCUGACUUUGAAAUCCUGUGGCCCUUACUUCAUUGUCUGGGUUUUCUUUCAAUAACUUCUUCCCCAGGGUUUAUUCAUACCAGCCUCCCACCUGCCACUUUUCCAGAUACAAGAAAGUAUCCUAAGAAAACAUCAGCUGCAUCCCUGAUGCCCUUCUCCUGUGGCUCACCUGCGUGAUUCUUGGCCAUGUCUCCAGCAGGACAGGUUUCUCUGGCAUUCUUCCUCUCUGCUGUGCCUCACCCCAGCCUCUUCUCUCAGCAUGGGAUUGUCUCCAUAACCCUUCACUCUGAGAGCAUCUGGAGGCAUUUCGUCAAAUCAUGAAGCUGUACCAGUCUCUAGGGUAACAGGUUUUAUAGCUGACCCUCAGGUUGGUUCUGAUGUUCCAUAGUAAUGGUAAUGCUAAGGUUUGAAGCGUCCUUUAUGGAAAAGAACGUCUGCUUAGUUUCAGCUAAAAGAUGCAUGUUAUAACAAGUACUGUAGACUCUUUACACUUUUCUCCAUUUACUCUUAAUCAUGGUUUGGCAGUAUGCAUUUGGAGCUGCAAUAUAGAUGCCCUGAUGUUUAAAAAAAGAAAAGUAGAAAGCUGUUUUAUAAAAUUACAGGCAAUGCAGUUAACUGUAGCUGAAGUGGUACUGUUUUUUUUUUUUGUUUGUUUGUUUGUUUGAGGCAGAGUCUCGCUCUUGUUGCCCAGGCUGGAGUGCAAUGGCAU